AGAGAGAGAGAGAGAGAGAGAGAGAGAGGGAGAGUGUGUUUCUCAUUAGAUAUAUCAGUCUUCAGUUCUCUCUUUUGUGCACACUUCCUACAUGGACACCUGAUAUACAGCAUUGGAACAGAUGACCUUUUUCCUCUCCUUGUUAAUGUAAAGAGAAGGAGGUCUGAAAAAAGCAACCAUGGGAAAAGGUUACUACAUCAGCAAACCUCUGGCCAUAACAGCUGUACUGCUUGCUGCUGUGGCUGUAAUCACCAUAAUCGCACUAUCAAUCGUUUACUCUAAAGAAAAGGCCAAAUAUGAACUCAAGCUCAACGAUGGGACUACAAAAUCUGCCCCACGCACAAAAACACCAUCCAAUGAACCCUGGGACAAAUACAGACUUCCUGACAAGUUGUCUCCUCAAUAUUACAAUGUCACGCUGUGGCCUCAGCUCACCAUGGACAGCCAAGGCAUGUACAUUUUCACUGGUGAAUCUGGAGUGGCUUUUACAUGUGUCAGAGAGACAGAUUUGAUCCUGAUCCAUUGCCACAAGCUGAACUUGACUCUUUUUGAUGGGAGGCACGCAAAGCUAAUGGGAAUGCAUAACACCAAGGCUCCAGAGAUUAGAAAAACCUGGUUCCAAGAGGAAACCCAGUACUUAGUGAUCCAACUAAAGGGGACACUAAAGCCAGGAAUGGUCUACUGGCUUUAUACAGAGUUCAGAGGAGAGCUGGCUGAUGAUCUGGAAGGCUUCUACAGGAGUGAGUACGAGGAGGAUGGUGUUAAAAAAGUGCUUGCCAUCACACAAAUGCAGGCCACAUCUGCUAGAAAAGCUUUUCCCUGUUUUGAUGAGCCAGCCAUGAAGGCCAUAUUUCACAUCACUCUCAUUCAUGAGCCUGGAACCGUUGCUCUAUCAAACAGUCGAGAUUUAGGUUCAGAAAGCCUUAAAAUGAGAGACCAGGAUGUUAUUAGAACUAAAUUUGAGCCCACAAAGAGGAUGUCAACGUAUCUUGUUGCUUUCAUUGUUUGUGAAUUUACAUACACCAGCAAACAAAAAGAUAACAUGGAUGUGAUGGUUCGUAUAUGGGCAAGAAAAAACGCCAUUGAAGAAGGCCAGGGAGACUACGCCCUUCGCAUCACACAGCCGAUACUAGAGUUUUUUGAGAAGUAUUACAAUACUUCAUAUCCUCUGUCUAAAUCAGACCAGAUUGCACUUCCUGACUUCAAUGCUGGAGCCAUGGAGAACUGGGGACUCAUCACUUAUAGAGAGACAGCACUUCUUUUUGAUCCGAAGACCUCAGCCAAUGGCAACAAACAGAGGAUUGUAAUUGUGGUGGCUCAUGAGCUCGCUCAUAUGUGGUUUGGUAAUCUUGUGACGCUAAAAUGGUGGAAUGAGGUGUGGCUGAAUGAAGGGUUUGCAUCAUAUGUGGAGUACCUUGGUGCAGACUACGCAGAGCCAACAUGGAACAUGAAAGACCAGAUCGUACUAAAUGAUAUUUACCGUGCGUUUGCAGUGGACAGCUUGGUGUCCUCUCACCCUCUGUCCUGCAAUGAGGAGGAAGUCAAUACACCUGCAGAAAUCACCCAGAUGUUCGACACCAUCUCUUACAGCAAGGGGGCUGCAGUGCUCAGGAUGCUUUCUCAGUUCCUCACUGAGCCUGUCUUUGCCAAAGGACUUAAUACAUAUCUAAAUCAGUUUGCUUUUUCAAGCUCUACAUAUUCUGACCUUUGGGAUCAUCUUCAGAAGCUUGAUCCUGAGCUGGGGGUUAAUGUUUGUGUGGAGUUUUCUUCCCAAGUCUGUCCCAAGAGUGUCCAAGAGUUUUCUUCCCAAGCAGUUCAUAAAACCCCGAGUCUGAAAUUGCAGCACAGCGUCCAUGACAUCAUGAACCGCUGGAUUCUUCAAAUGGGUUUCCCAGUCAUCACUAUUGACACCCAAAUUGGGAACGUUAGCCAGAAGCACUUUCUGCUGGAGCCGAACUCAGUGGUAGAGCGACCAUCACCAUACAAUUAUGAGUGGUAUGUUCCAAUCGAAUGGAUGAAGAGUGGUGUAGAACAGGAGCAACUCUGGCUUUUUCAAAAAUCAGCUAUGUAUAAACCCCUAAAAGCCAAGAAAGGGGAAUGGGUUUUGGCAAAUCUAAAUGUUUCAGGUUACUACAGGGUCAAUUAUGACCUUGAGAACUGGGAAGCACUCCUUAAUCAGCUGACAACCAACCACCAGAAAAUACCAGUGAUUAAUCGAGCCCAAAUUCUGGAUGAUGCCUUUACACUAGCAAGGGCAUCCAUCAUAAACAUAAACCUUGCUCUAAGAGUGACUAAAUACCUGUCAAUGGAGAGAGAAUACAUUCCAUGGGAAGCAGCUCUCAGAAGCCUCAGCUCAUUAUUUGACGUGUUUGAACGCAAUGAGGUUUAUGGACCUAUGCAGGCCUAUUUGCGAAAACAAGUCAAGCCUUUGUUUGAUCAUUUUACUUCAGUUACUUCAAACUGGACGACUGUGCCUGCAGGCCACACUGAUCAAUUCACACAGAUCAUCGCACUGUCGCUGGCGUGCAGUACAGGAAUACAGGAAUGUAAAGAUCUCACCAAGCACUGGUUUAGCCAGUGGAUGCAGGAUCCUGAACACAAUAGGAUUCACCCGAACCUGAGGUCGACGGUGUACUGCAAUGCUGUGGCUGCAGGAGGAGUGGAGGAAUGGGACUUUUGUUGGAAGAUGUUUAAGAAGGCUACAGUAGCAGCUGAGGCGGUCAAACUGAGAUCAGCUUUAUCCUGCACCAAACAGCCAUGGCUGCUUAACAGGUUCCUUGAAUACACUCUGGAUCCUGAAAAGAUUCGCAAACAGGACGCAACCUCAACAAUAGGAUCGAUCGCCUACAACGUGAUCGGACUGCCUCUGGCUUGGGAUUUUAUCAGAGCGAGAUGGGAGUACCUUUUUAAAGUGUAUGGAACGGGAUCGUUCAGCUUCGCCAGGUUGAUAAAUGAUAUCACUGCCCAAUUUUGCACCCCGUUUGAGUUACAUCAGUUAAAACAAUUCCAAAAGGACAACGCGGACGUGGGCUUUGGCUCGGCCUCAAAGGCUCUGCAGCAGGCUAUUGAGAAGACAACAGCCAGAAUCAAAUGGCUGGCAGAGAACAAGGAGCCAGUUCUCAAGUGGUUCUUGUCUGAGACAAUGUGAACUGCACAGGACCGAUUCACCUCAACAGCCUUAAAAACUUCGGUCAUGACAUUUACAGGAGGGUAAUUCAUGGAUCUUCAUAUUGGCAUGAACAUACAGAUAUAUCAGCAUAUUCACAGCCAUUCAGGAUACAUUUCAGUCAUAUUAGUAAAGGCAGCUGGUUUAAAUGGGCUAGCAGAGCUAAGCCCAAUUCUUUCAAUAUUAAACAGUCGUUCGUAUAAGGGUUUCUUUUUUCAGAUUAUAUCAGAUUAUAUGCUGUCAACCCCAUAGGGCAUUACAGACUUGAAAUACUAAACAGCAAAUGGCAGUGAAAGCUCAGUGGUUGAGCUGAUCAAUAAAUUAAGCUCUUACAAGCCUGUAAAAUAAUUGCUAUUUUUGAAUAAAAAUAUUCACUCAGA